AAGAGCUAUCAUGGCUACCAGAGCUUUCCAAUAGGCAGCAAACCUAGGCCCUAGAGAGAAAGAGAGCUCCAGGUGCCAGGAGGAUGCUGGGGUGGGGUGGGGAGGAAGUGAGUCUGGGAAUGGAAUGGAAAGGAAGGGGCCCCUCUCUGCUCUGCCCAGUGUCACUCCUGUCUCCAUGCCCAGCAGGUCUACCUUGUCCAAGUGCUGCAACGCCCCUGGCUUUCUCUUCACCACCCAGAAGAACACUCCAGUUGAGACGAAUCUCAGGUAUGAGGUGGUGUCCAGUGGCUUCUUCCACAUCAAUCAGGAAAUCUUCCAAAUGUUUCCCAAGGAAAUGCCCUACUACCGAUCUCAGUUUAAGAAGUGUGCUGUGGUGGGCAACGGAGGCAUCUUGAAGAACAGCGGCUGCGGGAAGGAAAUCAACAGUGCCGACUUUGUCUUCCGGUGCAACCUGCCCCCCAUUUCAGGGGAGUACGCCACAGAUGUGGGGGAGAAGACAGAUGUAGUCACCGUGAACCCCAGCAUCAUCAUUGACAGGUUCCACAAGCUGGAGAAGUGGCGGAGGCCCUUCUUCAGGGUGCUGCAGAUGUACAAGAAUGCCUCGGUGCUGCUGCCCGCCUUCUACACCAUACGCAACACCCUCGUGUCCUUCCGUGUUAAGUACCUGCUGGAUGACUUCGGGUCCCCGCAGCAGGUCUACUUCUUCCACCCGCUCUACCUGCUAAGCGUGUCGCGCUAUUGGCUCAACCUGGGCGUGCGCGCAAAGCGCAUUAGCAGCGGCCUCAUCCUAGUCACGGCGGCUCUGGAGCUCUGUGAGGAGGUGCACCUGUUCGGCUUCUGGGCCUUCCCCAUGAACCCCUCGGGCUUUCACAUCAUGCACCACUACUACGACAACGUCAAGCCCAAACCCGGCUUCCACGCCAUGCCCUCUGAGAUCUUUGCCUUCCUACACCUGCACAGCCGGGGCAUCCUCCAAGUACACACAGGCACCUGCAAUUAUGGCUGACAGACAGGCCCACCACGGGUGUCUCAGCUCCCAUCCGCCUCUCUUCAGGCUUCUCUGGCCCUGCCAUUGUUGUUCCCUAAGGAUUUAGGGUUUGUCUUUGGGUCCUGGGGAGGGAGUCAGGGACAGAACCCAUGCAACGUCAGCUCUGUCCUGAGCCUCCAUCCUGAGCCUCCAUCUAGCUCCCGGGCCACUCUCCAAGGUCGGGGCCUCAUAAGCACACAUCCACUCAGUUUCAGCUUCCCAGAGAACACAUUUGUGGCCUGCUUGCAGCUAAGUCAGGCCCUGCUGAGAAUAGACUGGCGGGCGAGCCAUCCCCUUAACAGGAGAGAGCACAGUCUAGGUCUCGUUUGGACAUUUGGCUGCCCAAGUUUCAUACCAGGGACUCAGCCAUGAAUCACCAUCUAGAAUCUCAGGGCUCAGAGGCUAGCCCUUCUAGGGAACAAACAGUGGCCAAGCGUCCUGGUCUACCUGGCUGGACUCCAAAGGCUUCAGGGAUAGCUCAUCAAAGCCUGUGUUAGCAUCACCCCAAGACUCCAGUAGCUGAGAGCCAUCCCCCUCUUAAAAAUACCCCUUGGACACACACAGCCUCGGUGCCUCUAGGUUCCAGCAUUUAACCUUUGACAAGAAGGAAAUAAACCAGACCAGCCAUUUGCACUAAGAUCUCCAAGCCAAUGUUAUCGACUCAAUAAGUGCUUAGCAAUUUGCUUCCUGUUCUGUCUCCCUAUUUUCAGCUCCAUUUUAAUCAGGAGUUAUUUAUAAAGAUCUGUUCCUCUCUAUGUCCCCAAAUACUGCAGAAUCUUGUUAAACUGUGUUCCUGAAUAGGAAAGCGUCAGCUGGAAAGCUCCUUGUCACGUGAGCCUGGUGGAUGGCAGCUAGCUGGGACUUUGACAUCAAUGUCCCUGCUGUUUCUGUUCUUCGGACACAGGGAUUCACCCGGCCCGGGGUUAGGGGACCCAGCUGUUCCUAGGCUGAGAGGUUCACAUGUCAUCCGUAUCUGGAACUCCUUCCAGUUGCUUCCUCCUAUGUGUUUCCAUCCCAUGGUCUCUGCUGGUGGAUUAUUGCCUUGUGGAAUUGUGGGUUGUGUCGGGAAGACUUUAGCCUGAAUGCCCUCCUUCUGUCUUUUUUCCUCUCCCUCCUCUCGCUGUCCCUUCCUUCCUUUCUUCCCUCCUUUAGAUAUUUCUAGAGAAGCCUGUUCUGAUCUGGUCCGUGUUUGGGUUGGGGAUGAUGCCCUGAUGGAGGUGUCAGCUCUGUCUUCUGCAGAGGAGCAGACAGAUCACAUCGACACUUCAGCCCGGCAUGCCACUCAGAGGACCAGCUAUGAGAAAAUCACACACAGUCCCUCCACCCGACCUCACCUUGUAGGUGCCAGAACAGCCCCCGUUGGGGAUCAAGCUGGCCCUGAGGCUUCUGGCCCACUUGAGCUCCCUCCUCUGAUUAUUUUCUGAGCCUUCUUUCUCUGGACUCUGGCCUGUAGGUGCCUGGAACUUGUUCCACAACUGGUUUCAACUGACUGUGAGGCCCCCAGGAGGACCCGAACCUUAGUCUACAAGGAUGGAAGGUCCCGGAGGAGCUGCAGAAACACACAGGGCAACACACAUGGAUAAACCAGAUAAAUCACACAAGGACAGGCGUGCUCAUGGCUCUCUGGGCUCUGGCUGUUUCUGCCAAGGAGCAAGUUCUAAGAAUGAUCUAAGUUAACCAAGUCCACAGCUAACUGAAUCCAGUUGUUAAAACCAUGGGGUGUCAGAAUUAGAAGGUUUCAUAUAGACAGGUUUGUCCCACUAGUAAAGAAGUGACAUCGGCGGUCAGACUGUCUGCCAGGCACUAAGCCCUCUAUCUGGCAACAGCCUGGCCAGACAUCAGGGUCUCCCUUGCUGAGGUUGCUCAGAACCUGACCCAGCCGGUCCACCAUAGGAGGUGGAGAUGGCUCAUGCAGAUCUCCCCAUGCCCGGGCAUGAGGGGCUAGGGCAUCCUUCUGGCGUAUGGUGGUCCUUCAGCCUCUGACUUACAAGGCAGAUCCCUCCUGUCCCUCAGGGUGUCAGUUUCCUUAUCUCUUCAAUUAGAGGCUGAGAAAGGACUUGUGGGGUCUCUCCAGUGACUGCUGGGGGGCAUCCAGGAUGUGUGGAUCUAAGUAAGUGGUCCUUACUAUGAAAGCUGCUGGGUCAUCACGCCCUCCUGGGUAGCCCCGCACCGGCCGUUUUCCCUGUCACAGUAUCCCACCAUCACUCCAAGACUCCUUCAGGUAAAGAGGCUAUUGUGGUACAGGUGAAGGGCUGAGACUUAGUGGCUCGGGCACUUGCUCAUGGCCAGGUCUCCAGGGGAGGGUGGAAGGGCUCUGCAGAGCUCUACAGACUGCACUCCAAACCAGGGCUGCUUGCAAGAGCCUCUUUCCAGCCCUGACCUCUGUAACAGUCUUUAUGCCUGGAGGAGAACUAAGGCUAGCUCUACAUUUUGGAGCAAGGACAGAUGCCUGGAAAGGGGCGAUGUUAAAUAACAACACGAGUUUUAUUUUAUUUUAUUAUUUAUUUAACUUGCCCCAGGGCACAUGGCAAGUUAGAGGCUCCCCUGAGCCUCACCUAGUCCCCUGACUUCCAGGCUACAUGCUUUCUGCCUCAGUCAGUGUGUGUAACAUUUAUCAAAGGUCCAGAGAGACCUCUCUGCCCCAUCCUGUCCCACAAUGCAGACCACCAGUUAAAUUCUGAUUUAAGGUCAUCAGUUCCCCACGAACCAAGUAGCUGUUCAGCUGUUGUGUCUUCCUCUGUGCUAAAUGCAGUUCCGGGCUUGAAAGAUAGCGAGGCAGCACCACCACCACCACCACCAGCAGCAGCAGCAGCAGCAGUAACAGCAACACCAGCAGCAAGUCGGUGACUCAGUGCUUAAGCAGGCAGAAGGGAGGAGGCUCAAGGUCAGGCUGGCUCCUGGUACCUUCUUAUACUGCUGUGACAACAUCUCUGCCCAGACUCAGAGAGGCAUAAACAACACUAGAUGUCGCUGAGUCUAGGAAGGAAGCAGAGGCUGCAGGGCUUCCUAUUGACUUCAGCCAGGUAUUACUGUAUGCUCAUUGGGCCAGGGGAUAUGCCAUGGUUGCAGAAGCCCUUCUGGCACUCAUCGUCAUGUGGGUGCACUGAUGCUAAAAGAAACCCUUCUUAAACACAGGAGCUCAAUGUGUAGAUGACUCUCAGGGCCAGGUUCCCAGUUAUCAGGGAGAGGAGAAGGGGAAGGAAGAGGAAGGACAGAAAGGUCAAACCUGAAUCCUGAAGGUUAGCAGCAAGCCUUUGCCAAAGAAGGCGCUGUGCCUUUGGUCUCAUCCUUGACAGCCAUGCAAUAUUUGACAAGGUUGCCUCAAGGUCCUCAUGCUCUUUCCUGCUCUGUUUCUUCCUGGUACAGCCCAGCCUCGCAACGUCUCUCUGCAUGUUCCCCAUCCCUCAUCCUCUGCGACACCUGGGGCUUUCUCAACAGCAGCACUCCCGCUGCAACUGUAUCUCCCGAGAGCCACCAAUCCUUGCUGUCCUCACCCGCAGGUCAGCCCUCCCCAGGAGCACCAGAAGCAUGUCCGCUGGGGCCUUCCGAGCAUCCGCCUCUGCAGGGCAUCUCGGACCUCAGCCUGUCUGUCCUCCACUGACACAGGUAGAAGAGUCUGGACUCAGAGACUCUUCCAUUGUUUAGUAGAUCUGUGACCUUGGGGAGUCCCUGAAGCCCCUGGAGGCUCUGAUCCCACAUCUAAAACAGACAAGAACCUCAGGCUAUGUCUCCAGGAGUGAGUGACACAGUGUUGCACAAUGCUUGGCACAGUCACCAGUGCAGACACUGGGCAAGCGCAGGAUCUCUCUGCCCGGACAUCCUCCUUCUCCAUACUGCUUAUUGGUUCUCAGUUCCAGCACAAAUAUCCCUGGUGUUCAUUCCCUCCCUGUACUUGCUUUUGCCACUGCUAUAAUUUGGGCUCUUUUGAGGGAUCCUCAUUUAUUCUAAGAAUUAGCAUCUCAAAAUACCUUCUGUGAGACCCAUUGCUGCUGGAACCACAUAGUCCAAGUUUUUGUUUUGUUUGUUUUCAGCCAAACCAUACAGGCCAUGCCACAAGCAGGCUCUCUCUCUCUCUAGAGACCCUCCUGCCUCUGUGGCCUCCCUUCUUCUGUUAGUUCUGUGCUUUUUGUGCAAGAGGUUCAGAUGAUUGGAAUGGUCCCAUUCCUCUGCCCCUCCUCCCUCUCCUUAUCUGGUCACUUCUGUAAAUUAUAUCAGGUUAUGACUCCAACUACAUCCCCUCUGUGGAGUGGGUCACACACUCUCCCUUCUGUGUGUCUGUGGCAACCAGCAUGGGGAUCUCCAUUAGUAUACCCUCAGAAUACACAGUUAAGUGUUCCUAGACUCUUAGUGGAUGGUUUGUCUUUUCUCUGGGGGAAGGCUUGGAGCCCCUGGCACUGACACAAAGCCACACAGGAGUGUUCAGAACAUCCAUGACUGGUGCCUGUAAUCCUGGGACCCACAAUUGCAGCAUUCGGGAAUCAGAGGCAGGAUGACCAGGAGUCUAAGUCUAGUCUGAGCUGCAUAGCAAGUUCAAAGCCAGCCUGGGAUGUAGGGACCCUGUCUUAAAUUUUAAAAAUGAAUAGCCACAGCCAUCACUUAACUUGACUACAACAUCCAGAAAUCAGUGACUGCCUCCUCCUAGCCAGGAGAUGGUUCAUGAGGCCAUGCAACAAUUUUGGGGUAGGCGUUCUGUCUCCUCUGCAAACCGUGGCUCUCAAACCUUGUGCACAUUCGGAUUUCCUGGAGCUUUGUAGUAAGUGGUCCUGCUGUCGUGCCCUUGUCUUCCAGAGGCAAGCACAGUAGACUUGAGGACGUUUCCCAGGGUCCCCUGAAGACAUUCACGUGGUUCCCAGUGUAGUGGUUGAGCGCCAUCAUGCUGGUGCAAGGCAGUGAUCUUGAUCCUGUCUGUCUAACAGGGGUCUUCUGAAGAGAUUUCUGAAAUUCCUGGGCCCUACUCCAUGAUAUUUCUAUGUGGUGUGUUUUUCUGGGAUGGGACCUGGGCUCCUAGGGUUUCAAGCUCUUUUGGUAUCCUGGGACAUGCUGAAGGUGACCUAGGGACUCCACUUGGGGAACCACUGUCCAGGAUGGUCCUUUGGUCUGUGGCUCUGAUCUGUUGUAUUUUUUUUUUGUCUCUGGUGGAUGGAUUGUUCUUUGAAACAUCUGAUUCAGGUGUGAGACUUUUUUAAAGUACCAUCAGCACUUCCUCAUCUGCAUAUUUUGAACAUUGGAAGAAAAAUAAACAUCCUGAAAUAUUUUUCAAGGCAAAGCAAAAGAGACUUCUUGGAUUUAGACUUAGUGUAUUUUAAUUACAAACUCAUCACAUUUAGGACUGGAGUGUAUUUUGUAAUCAGAACUAGGGACUAGUAAUUCUGGAGCUUGGGAUCUGGGUAAAGUUACUCUGUGUUUGGUGCUAGGGUGGAACCCAAAAAUUGCACCACACCCUCUAGCACAGGGAGGCCCUACUUGUCCACCUGGGUGGAGGGCUGGUCUUCUGAUCCAGCUCCAUACUUCUUGCCCCUGCAAAAGCAUGAAAGAUGGCACCCAGAAGUCAUGCCUCAGCAACGAAGGCUAUGGCACCUCUCUUUCUUAGACUCAUGCUUUCUCCUGCAUUUGGAAAAGGCCUAAGUUGGAACCAGUUAGUUAAAACUCAGAUAUGUCUCAACUUCUCAUUGUAACUGGAGACAGGCCCUGCUGUUCCCUCUAAAGGUGUUCCCAUGGCAACUAGGAAACCCACGCCCAGCCGCAAAGUUCACAAAGCCCCGAAGACCCCAAAAGCUCACCAAGGAAGAGAACGCUUGUUGUUUCAUUGAAACUCACUUUUACUUGCUCUGACCACUUUCUAGAAUGGUCCUUCGGCCCCUGAUAGCCAAGGACUGGGGUGAUGGAUGGAGAAUGAAUUUUGAGCCACAGAAAUAGAUGCUGUAAACCAUGCCUCAAAGGCCAUUUUGCAAAAGGCAAACCACUCAUGGUGUUUAAUCUUAUAUUCAGCUCUAGUGAGCGUGGGUCUGGUUUCUAAUAGAUGAAGGGCAGUAGCAGGUUUUGGGUAAAGCAAGAAGUGGCAGCUCACAGUCUGCCAGCAAACACCAAAUCUGCAAGGCUCAGAAGUCAUCAGGUGGUAUGAAGCCUCUUGGUGAAGGGGUAAUUAUAUGUGUUGUAAUAAGCCCAAGGGAAAGACAGCUUCGGGUCCCUCCAUUCUGGACACCCAGAAACAGAGACAUGAAAACAUCCCAACACUGUCAGUCUACUGCCUUUAAUAAGGCAAAAAGGCAUCAUACUUUAGGCUUUUUUCAUCCUCAGAGAUUCCAUACAAGAAGGUCUAAGUAGAAGUCUUAGUGCUUAAGACAUCACUCCUAGGUCUCUUGACUGUCGUGUG